AUGGGUGGUCAACUCUCAAAGAUGAUGGGCAAGAUCUUCGGAUCAAAGGAGAUGCGCCUGCUGAUGCUGGGUCUCGACGCCGCUGGCAAGACCACCAUCCUCUACAAGCUCAAGCUCGGCCAGGACGUCACCACCAUUCCCACCGUCGGCUUCAACGUCGAGACCGUCACCUACAAGAACGUCAAGUUCAACGUCUGGGACGUCGGUGGUCAGGACAAGAUCCGUCCCCUCUGGAGACAUUACUUUAGCGGAACUCAGGGUCUUAUUUUCGUCAUUGACUCGUCGGAUCGCGCGAGAAUCGAGGAGGCCAAGUCGGAAUUGCACAGAAUCAUCAACGACCGCGAAAUGAAGGACAGCUUGCUGCUGGUCUUUGCCAACAAGCAGGACGUCAACGGAGCCAUGAAGCCGCAAGAAGUCACCGAGGCCCUGAACCUCUCAAAACUGAAAGACAAGGUCUGGUACGUUGUGCCCAGUUGCGCGACGACGGGCGAGGGCCUGCUCGAGGGCCUGGCCUGGCUGUCCAACAACGUCAAGGCACCGCCUGCCCCGGCCAAGAAGUAG